GUCAAAACAUAAACAAUUUAUUGACACAACUACAAACACUUCAUUGAUUAAUAAAGAAAGAAAACCAAGAAUAAUUUCCACUUUAACUUAAACAUAAAAAUGUUAAAAAAUACUUAGAGCAAACAACAUCCCAAAAUGAAAUCCCAAUAUCAAUCAAGUAAAAAAAGUAUUGCAAUUUCUUCUUCGAAUUCUUCUAAAAAACUUACAAAAUAUUCAUCCACAACAUCAAAAAUAAGUUCUUCAUCCAAAGAUGAAGAGAAAAAAAACCCAACUUCGAUUAAAACCGUACCAAAUACGACUUCGUCAAAACGUAUAUUGAAUCGGAGCACUAUACAGAAAUUAGAUGCUGGGCCUUCUAUUUCUCGAACGAGGGACAUAAGCAAUGCAAAAACUGUACCUAAACCUCGUCAAGCUGUCGAGAAACAAACACAACUCUUAAAGAAUAAACAAACACCUACAAAGUCAAAAAUUACGGCUUCAGCAAAACCUACGAUUGCUAAACAGAACCUGGUUAUGAACACAGUACAUAAUGUAACUGUUUCUUCACCGCCUUUAAAACGCAAGGAAACUCCAAUCGAAACCAGUACCAAACAAGAAAAAACAAGAAUACGCAGCAAAAGUAGAACUUUAAGCCCCGAAGAAAUAGUAAUCUUAAAAACUAAAAAAGCAAAUGUAGGCACAACAUUGAAUGUAUCAGCCGCCGCUCUUGCAGAACUCCCUUCAAAGGUAAGGGAACCAGUAGCUUUCGAAGUUGUUUUUGAUGAAACAGAGAAACAAGUGAGGGAGGACAAAUUAAGGAUUUCUAAAAGCCAAGUUAAUUUAGACAAAGAAGAUGACUAUGACGAUGACUUUGAGUCAUAUGAAUCAGACUUUGAGACCAGUUCUUCAUCAGAAGUAAUAUCAGAAUCUUCACGGUCUUCAAAAUCAACUACAGGAAAUAAUCGUGAGAGCCCAUCUAAUGCUGAGAAUGAAGAAGAUCUUGAAUAUAAAUCAGAAGUUGAAGAAGAGUCUGAACUGACCCACAUUCCAAUUACUGUAAUUCACCGUGAAAAGGAGUUUGAAAGAAAACUUGAUUCUGGAAAUUACGAUAUGAAUUCUAAGAAAUGCGCUGGUAAGGAAUCGUUUGAAAGCUUUGACACUCUGGCAAAUUCUGAGCAACUAGAUUCUGGAAUAAGCUAUGAAAAUAAUGUCUCUGCAACUCUGUUUGACGCAGAAUCAGUUACUUACGGUGGAUUCUCACAAUUCUUCAUUACACCAAAAAUUACGAAAAGAGGUAAUGAAAUUAUGUCGAAAAUCCAAUUUGAUACGAUUUACUUUACACUUCUCGACCUUAAACCUUUUCCCUAUGAUAUCUAUAUGAAAAUGUUUGGAAAUUCAUAUACAAUGCAAAGUGCUACACAAACUUUAAAUAAUUGCAUGGAAAGUGAAUGUCAAACGGAUGAAGACGAAUUGCGAUCAGUUUGGACACAACAUCCUCCUGAAUUAGAUAUCGUUUCUGAUAAGGCUUUAUUUAGAAUAUGUCAGUGCUCUGGGGAACUUCUUAACGAUGUUAAGAAUGAUACAUUACCAAACGAUGAUGUUUUUGAAAAUACUUUUCAAGAUAUUUCGAAAUUACGACAAAAGACAUCUUCUUCUGGAAUGGAAGGUCUUCAUGAUAAACCAAUCAACUUCGAUCGCCUCAAUAUAUUUUUGAGCUCUUCAUCUUCGAUUAUUUCACGAAUACUUUCAAGAAAUACGCAAAACCUUACCUUAAAUUACACUGACCUACCCAACGCAAGUAAGGGUUUCUUAAGACUAAAUACCAAUCUACUAGACGCUCUUCAAAUUGUUCAUGUAUUCGCUAAUCCUAAGUUCAAUUUGAUUUUGACAGUUCAUGAAAGUAUCGAAAAUGUUUACCGUACAGAAUUUUCAAAUCUAAUCAUGGUUUGGAAUUGUGAAGAUCCUGCAAAACCAUUGCGUUUACUUUCAACAUGGAGUGAAGUGAUCCGAGCUGAAAUAUGCAAUGAUUCCUCCGACAUCAUUGUUUGUGGAUUAAGAGAUGGAAGUGUAGCAAUGUGGGACAUGAGAGAGACCUAUUCCUUUUGCUCAAAACUCGAUGGACAUCUAACACAUUUUACAGCAACGCACUCAGUUGUACCAAGCUGGGGAGGAGCAUUUGAUUCAGGUGCAGUCGUUGAUAUAAAAAGCUUUCGUUCAACACUGAAGACGUUUUCCACUGGGAAAAAAUUGAAGACUGUCCAAUUUUCUUCAUUGAACGAAACUGGAUUGUUGGCAAUAUGGACUCUGGUGGAAACUAGUGCACAAAAUUUUGAGGUUCCGUCACCAACUAAUUCAAAAUUUGAGUAUAGUUCUCCGUGGGCACGCGUAAAACUUAUUCAAAGCGCAAUCUGUGAUUUACGAGAGUUUAUUGAAAUCAAGAAAAAUCAUCCUAAAACCACAUUCGAGCAUAGAAAAUCAAAUUUUCAAAAAGAUAUUUUUAAUGACGAUGUUCUUAAAGAACUUGCAGAAUCACAAAUCGUUGGGCAACUAGGUAUUCAAGGUCUACGUUUUAUGAACCUUGAUUGUGGAAAAGAAAUAAUAUUUGUCGGGACAAAUAGAAACUUUAUAAUUUCGUGUUCUAAGACGCUUAACAAGGAACGCUUUCGAAGAAUCAAUAUCGUCGGUAGUGGUUUUUUGUUCCCGACAGCCAUAAAACUUUUACCAAAUGAGGACUUUUUGGCGGUUGGCUUGUCUAAUGGUUCGGUAAUGAUCUUAAACUGCAAUCAAGAUAAAUCUUACAAAAACCAUUUUGGAAGGACAACGGAAAACACUUUUCGAGCAGGUGCGUCCCAAACGAAACUAGAAAAUUUCGACGAAAUCGGAAAGUCCUGUGCAAUUCAAAAUAUUAUUCGAAAUGAAAGACUAUCUUCAGUAAGUCGUUUUGAUGAAGGUGAAUUUCGACCAAGCACAACCGAUUUUAUUUCAGCAACACUUGAAGAAGGAAAAAAGCCAUACGAAUUAAGAAUUUUUGACGAACAUGUUUUAUUAAGUGGUUCGGUUUUGAGGAAGGAUUUGGUUCAGAAUUUAGAAAUUUCAACAGAUGGUUGGCUACUAUUUGCUUUGUGUGAUGGAAAUGUUCGCAUUUACGACUUCUACAUGGAGAAAGAAGUAUCGUUUUAUGGAAAUGAAGUGGUCAAAAGAAAUUUCAUCGCUCUUACAGUAAGCCGACAUGAGAAUGAAAAAAAUAUAGUUCUUUUGGACAGUAGUAAUAAUGUUGAAAUUCAUUUACUGAAAUAAGGAUUUUUCUAAAGCAUUUUGAAACGUGCAUAUUUUUUGUUAAAUCUUGUAUUCGAAAUUAAAUAAACAAAUUUCACUACUAAAUCUA